AUGGUCUACGAAAUUGUUUACUUUAAUUCACAAGGAAGAGCUGACUUUUUGAAAUUGGUCGCUGAAGUUGCCAACAUUCCUUACAAAUUUACUGGUAUCGCAUCGGAAGAAUGGCCAAAACAUAAGCCACACAUUCGUUACGGCCAAUUGCCAUAUCUCAAGCUUAACGAUCAAGAAAACUUGUAUCAAACCAUUGCCAUUGCAAGAUAUUUGGCACAAGAAGGUGGAUUGUACCCAACCGAUAGAAAAGAAGCCACUCAAACUGAGGAAUUCGUCUCCGCUUUGGAAGACAUUUUCCAAGGAUUCAUUCGUAUUGCUUUCCGAACUCCAGAAGAAAAGAAGGAAGAAGAAACCAAAACCUUUGAAGAGGGAACCUUUAAGAACAUCUUUAGAGGUUUGAACAGUUUCUUGGAAAAGAAUGGUGGAUAUUUGACUGGAAAGCUCACUUGGGCAGAUUUGUACUUGUUUGAAAUUGCUCACCUUGUUGAAAAUAGACUCAAAAUGGAUCCUGUCAAAGCAGCUCCACAACUUCCCAAGUUGAGAGAACAUAUUUUGAGCAAUGCCAGAGCCAAAGCUUAUUUGGAAAGUGACAGAAACCUUAAGAAUCGAGUUUAA